AGGUAACUGACAAUGAAGUAGAAGAUAUUGUUGAAGAAGUGUAUGCAAAGGCCAAACGUGUCGCUGCUAAAGCUCCAGCCAAACAACUUUCCAAGUCCAAAGCUUUGGCUUCUAUCUCCGGAUUCGGGCUUGGAUUGGACUACGGAUCUGAAAGUGAGUCUGAUGGUGUGUCCUCAGCCAACGAAUCAGAAGAUGAGCCUAUGACAGAUGAAGAAGAGUUGCAGCGAAGUAUUAAAGACAAACAACGAAGAUUUGAAAGAGAUGCUGUUAAGCGAGAAAGAGAGCUUGAACGUGAAGAACAGGAACGAUUGUUAAAGUUUGAACAAGACAAACUACAAGCCAAAUCAGAAUAUUUCCCAAAGAAGAAGUCUGAUGUGAUCCCUGGUUUAGAUGUUGAAACUGAUUCUAAAAAGGAAAGUAACUCUGGGGAAAGUAGUGAAAGUGAUACCUCUUCUACGUCAACUAGUGAUUCUGAUAGCUCAUCAGAGUCCACUUCUGAUAAAGAUCACAAUAAACCUAAACCAACGAAAGAACGAUCCACAAGAGAUCGUGAAGUACGUAGAGACAGUAGUAGACACACAGAGAGACGUGUUGAACUUUCCUCACAUGAUCGUGACCAUCGAACGGACCGACAUGACAGGUCUACCAGUUCUGAGAAAGACAGACACAGACACCGACGCCGUGACUCUACGAGCCCAGAAAGAGACAGACAUAGAGACAAACAAAGAUCACGUUCAAAAGACAGAGAUGACAAAUCUAGAUAUAAAGACAGAUCUCGGUCAGUAGAAAGACACAAAUCUCGACACAGUGAAUCUAGCUCAAAGAGGAAACGAGACCGAAGUAAUAGCUAUGAUAAAGUCAAAGAACAUGAUGACCGUGAUCGAGAAAAAGACAGAAGGCGGAGUAGUACAAAAUAUGAGACACCUAGACGGAAAUCUAGCCAUAAAGACGCAGACAGACAAGACUCAAGGUCAAGCAAAUAUGACAGUAGGGAAAAUAGCUCAACUAAGAAAUCAAGAAAAAGACAUCACUCAGACUCUGAAAAUUCAGAUACGCAAUCAGAAUUGACUUCAAGUGGAAGGUAUGUAAGCCGACGAAAUGACCAUGAUACAUCAGACAGUGAACAAACGACAAAAUCUAGACAUAGACGUGACGAUUCAACUGACGAUGACCGAUACGAAAAAUCUAAAUCUAAGAAAUACCAUAGGAGUGAUUCUGAUAGUGAAAGUCGCAGUUCACGACGUCAUAAACACAAAGAACGCCACAGAACCAGGUCAAGAAGUCCAAGAGAAGAACGGAGAAAAUCAAGUUCUAGUAAAUCAAAGAGAAAAUCAUCUAGGUAUGACUAUGAUGAUUCUGAUGAUGAUAGGUCAAGGUCGGGUAAGAAAUCGAGCCAUAGGUCAAGGUCACGGAGGUCAAGGUCAAGGUGAGAUGGAUGUGAUACUGAAAUGAGAUCAAAGCAUUUAGGCUAAUUUCCAGGCUUAUUUGAAUUCUGUGAUGACAUGAGGCAAAACCAACUGACUUGUUAUAUGCUGGUUCCCGCUUGAUAACAUGUUGAGACUUAGUUCCCACCAAGCCAGUUGACUUGAUAUGUGGUGAUUCCACUUGAUAUUGCGCGGUGGAACCCUUAUAACGUGAAUAAAAUUUACGUUCUCACCGCCACACAAUAACCAUUAUUCUCCAACUUCCACACUUUGUCAGGUAAGAAGCCAGAGAUCAUCAGCAAAUAUAUUUACCUAACAGUGCACUGGGAAAUCAAUGUUAAACCAUUAAGGUUUAGAAAUCACUAUAAUAUAGAAUGAAGAUGUGGAGUAUGUGUGAAUUUCUACAUGCUAUUUGCAUGCAAAUUGAUCAGAUUGCAGAUCUUUUGAUGCAUAGAGAAGCAUUGAUUGAUAUACUGAAAUGUCAGGCUAAUCGGAUUCAUCAUAAUGAGAAG